AUGUCUGGCCGGGGCAAGAGCGGCGGUAAGGCCCGAGCUAAGGCUAAGUCUCGCUCGUCCCGUGCUGGGCUGCAGUUCCCGGUCGGGCGCGUUCACCGGCUGCUGCGGCGCGGGCACUACGCGGAGCGGGUGGGGGCCGGCGCGCCCGUCUACCUGGCGGCUGUCCUGGAGUACCUGACAGCCGAGAUCCUCGAGCUGGCGGGCAACGCGGCGCGCGACAAUAAGAAGACGCGUAUCAUCCCUCGCCACUUGCAGCUGGCAGUACGCAACGACGAGGAGCUCAACAAGCUGCUGGGCGGCGUGACCAUCGCGCAGGGCGGCGUGCUGCCCAAUAUCCAGGCCGUGUUGCUGCCUAAGAAGACCGGCGGCGGCGUGGGCUCCACCAAGGCCGGCAAGAAAGGCAGCGGACAGCAGUCGCAGGAGUACUAG